UGUUGAAACACUCUACUGGUAAAAACAAAACAGCGUCUCCUAGUGAUACACGUAAAUACCAUCGUUGAAACAAAUUUACGAGAAGCUAGACGUAUAAAACCGCUUAACCACUGUGUCCAUGAAAAGGACAUAGUCUUAAGAGUCCAAAGACUUCUUUGUUAUAUUUGUAGAAUUCGUAAUUGCCUGUAAAGCUAGAAAAAUGAGUGAAAGUUUAUAAAGAAGAACACUCUGACAUCUAAAUCUUGAGACUCAUUGCUUCUCCGUCUGGUCUUAACACCAUGGAAACAACAAAAAACACCAAAGUACACCAGUGUUCGAAGUGCUCGGGGGACACGGAGUACUUUUGUGGAUCGUGUCCAUGUCAGCUAUGUACCCCUUGUAAGGAGAAACAUUUAAUUAAGCUCAAAACAAUAAACCAUAAUGUUGUGCCAUACUGUGAAAAAAUCAAAGACAUCCCGACACAAGAGAAAUGCGAGAUGCAUCCUAGCAAGGUUUAUAUAAAAUACUGUGAAGUUUGUCAGGUUCCUUUGUGUGAUUCUUGUUUGCAGUAUUCCAAUUACGGAUUCCACUAUUCUCUCUGUAGAAAAAAAAGACAUAAUAUUCUUAGUCUAAAAAAAGCAUAUAGAACAAAGCAUCAACAAUACAGAGAAACCAUUAGCACCAUCAGACACGAUGCUCUUUUUUACAGACCUAUUCUCCUAGAAGGAAUCAAAACUGAUUAUGAAACUUGUCACACAAAAUUUUCUAUUUAUUAAUCAAAUAUGUUAGGAAAAUCUCAGACAAUAAAAAGCAAUAUUGACAAUGUGCUUCGUCCUGUUGAUUUCAUUCACAAGUAUUUAAAAAGUAACAUGUCCAUCAUACAUAAAUACAUGCUCAUAUAUGAACAGUCGCCGAGUGCGGUGAAAUUUCUCUUGUCAAUAAAAAAGAAAAUCAAAACAAAAGAUGUGAUGGAUUUAUUGAGUGAUAUCCAAAUCAAAAAUGGAGGAUACCGAAGUAUGAGAAAAGAAAAAAUGCUGAAACGUUUGCCAGAUCCUAAAGAAUAUCACUCGGUCAGAGUGACAGAUCUUGCUAUUUGUCGUCACAUUUCUUGCCUUCCAUCAGACCGGGUCUGGGUCAGCGAUGAAAAGCACAAUCUCACCCUGACGAACACAACAGGUGCCCCUCUACAUCAUGUGAAAGAUUUAUGUAGGCACGUGUACAUAGGAUCACACACAGUUAGAAGAGAGAGUGAAUUGAUUUAUAUAGAUAGGAAAUAUAGGAUAAAAACCCUUUCAAGUGAUAUGGAAACAACAUCCACAUUUAUACAUACACCAGAAUCAGCAUUUAAACCACGGUGUGUGUACUGGUCCCCGUCAACUGAUGAUCUACUGGUCGGAAUGUAUGAGAAGAAACGACAAGAAGGCAAGGUAGCUCGAUACAACAAUACUAAGAAGCUGAUACAAACAAUACAACACUGCACAAAUGGACAAACAUUGUAUAUUAAACCUUGCUAUAUAACGGAGAACAACAAUGGGGAUGUCGUGGUGUCUGAAGAUGACUUUAGCAAUGGGUCUGGUGUUGUAGUGGUGGUUGAUUGCGGAGGAAGACAUCGUUUCUCCUACAAAGGGCAUCCACCAGGAUCGGGAAUAGAACCACGUGCGAUUUGUACUGACGCACUGUCACACAUCCUGGUGUGUGAUAGAAAAACCAAAUCAGUACAAAUGUUAGAUAAGGACGGCCAAUUCCUGUUACAUGCACUUGAUAGGAGAAUUUGAAAUUUCACAGCCAUGCAGCUUGGGUUAAGAAGUCAACACUCAUCGUCUCUGGGUCGGGUCAAGGAAAAAAAGAGCAUUGAACGUGUACGGAUAUAUGGAACGACGAUACACAAAAUUUGUUCAAAGUCAAACCACUGAUGAUAUGAUAGAGUUUAAGAAUGAGCUCCGAUCAACAGAACCAAAAACACAAGAGCCAAAAAAUAAAUGUCUGCUUAAAAUGAGUUUCCCACCUGAGGUACUUCAUUCUCUCAAAGUGUCAGGUGUCGAUGCAUGUGAUCACAUUUCCUUUGUGACAUCAGGCCACAUCUUGGUCAGUGAUAUAAAAAAUCUCGUUUUGACAAACACAAAUGGUGACAAAUUAUAUCGUCUGAAGAAUUUACAUGCACGUACGGAUGUUUUUAGUAUUGUUUAUGGAAUACACACAGUGAACAGUAAAGGUGAAAUAUUUUAUAUUAAUAGAGAUUAUGAUAUAAAAAAGAUAUCAGACUAUAAGGAGACGACAACAUUUAAACGGUCUAAAAACUCAUAUUGGAACCACUGUGUUUAUUGUUCCCCGUCCACUGGGGACCUACUAGUCGGGGUAUCUAACAGCGGCACAGGCAUGGUAGAUCGGUAUAGUCAGACCGCACAUCUGACACAAACAAUAAAAUAUGACAAAAGAGGAGGCACACUGUAUGUGAAACCUCAUUUCAUAACAGAGAACAACAAUGGGGAUGUCGUGGUGUCUGACCGUCGUGCUGUAGUGGUAACAGAUCGCGGAGGAAGACAUCGUUUUUCCUUCAGAAGACAUCCACCCGGACUUAAAAUAAAUCCACGUGGAAUCUGUACUGACUCACUGUCACAAAUCCUGGUGUGUGAUGUGAAAUCUGUUAAAGUACUGGUUAUAGAUAAGGACGGCCACUUCUUACGAUUUCUUUCGUUAGAAUCCUUAGAUAUAUGUAGACCACGCAGCCUUAGUUAUGAUAAAAACAAUGACUGUCUCUGGGUCGGAUCAGAGAACAACAACAAAGUUUGUGUCUGCAGAUAUAUAACUCCACAGAAAGCCCUAACAGAUUCCCAGAAUGGUCCUGAUGGAUUCGCCUUAACAACCUCAUUACCAAUCUGAGAUUGAUGAUAGUUUCAAAAAGUUGUGAUGAUUGUGAUUUAAAAUGUUAAUUUCGUAUGAUAGACUGAUGUCUCUCUUUGGGGUCGAAUUUAACAUGCAUAGGAUAUUGCAGUGAAAAAAUAUUUCUCGUAAAAAAAUAAUGAUUGUAAUUGUUAAAAAACAAGGAAAAUUACGUGGAAGAGGUUUCUUAUUUGUUUCCUUUAUUGCGUUUUAAACACAUGCAUGAAAUAAAGUGCAAUGAUGUUAUCGUAAAUCGCAAAAAGUUGAUGAACAAAUUGUAAAUUUCUUUUAAUUUCGUCGCACCUUUAAGAACAUAAUAAUGAAUUUUAGAUUGCAUUUCAAUUUAUAAGGUUUUCUGCUGACAUAAUGUCCUAAUCAAUUCUACAUUUUGUUUAAUGUUUGGAAAUUGUAAAACAUAACUGUUGAAAUAAUAUUUGAUAUUGUUAUAUUCUGUAAUACAUGUAUAUUCUCACUAUAUAACUCUAUAUAGACGAAUUGACAUUAAUUGUAACAUUAGCUCGUCCGAAAAAUAUUGACCGGUCAAUAUUUUUUUUGAUAUAGACUGGCUAAGAAUCUAUCUAUACUACUAUAUUAAAAUAAUAGACUCGAAUUUUUUAGCUUUAAUACCGAGAAAUCGGAAGAGUACUGUCUUUUGUUUGAUAUAUUUUAAACAUCAUUGGUACUUGUAGAUUACCAAUUUGUUUUUAUUUUUUCUCAAUCAAGCUUCGCUAAUUAAUAAUCAACGAAAAUUCCUUUGAAUAAUCCGGAAAUCCUCUGGAUUUUUUUGGAUUUUACAAUCUUGCGCAUGCGCAUUACAUUCACGCUGAACCACGGGAGGCCUUUAGUUUAUGUUUCCACAAAAUCAAAUUUGCAUGGAUAAACUCAGAAACGAUAUUACAAAUACUUGUAAAUUUUCAUUGAAAAUUUGUCAUAUAUUCUGUUCAUCAAAGGAAAUAUGGGAGAUAACUCUUACUCAGUGCAUUUUUAAAUGUGAAAAAUCCCGAGAGUUCCGAAUGUCAACAAUGGUGUGUAUAUUCGAGGCGAGUAAAAACGUUGGUGAACAGUUCUUCAUAAUUAAAGUUCUUCAUUCUUCAUGGUUUUUUAUUAAUAUGAAUUAAAUUUUUAGAUGAAAGGUACAUGUAUUUACAGCUCCAAAAUGGUUUGUUAUGAACAAUUUAACUGUUAUUUUCAACGCAGCUUCA